CACAUUAUAUGAAGUUGAGACUUUGAAUGAAAUAUGAGUUUUGACAUGAUUUCAUCUUCUCCUCUCCUCCUGCAACUCACUCAAUUACUCUUUUAGUUACCAAUCUAUAUCAUGUCUUCUUCUUUCAACUACUUAUGUCUUGUUUUCCUUUGCCAAUAUGCUUUCUUAUUGUCUCCUCUCAUGGUUUCUUCAAGUCAAGAUGCCAAUUGUUUUGGCUUCUUCUCUGAUUUGUGUCACAAAAUCUUUGAUCAUCCAAUAAUUCAUCAUCAUCAUCAUCUCAUACAUGAGAUCCCUCACUUUGGUUAUCAUAAACCACCACCAACGCUUCCUCCACCUGUUUAUUCACCACCACCGCCGCCGCCAACCUACUCACCUCGUCCCAACCCACCACCACCACCAAUCUAUUCACCUCGUCCCUACCCACCACCACCACCACCAACCUAUUCACCUCGUCCCCACCCAUUAUCACCACCACCACCAAUUUAUUCCCCUCCUCCUGUUCAUCAUAAACCUCCACCAACCUAUUCACCUCGUCCCAACCCACCACCACCAAUUUAUUCCCAUCCACCUACUCAUCAUCAACCUCCACCAACCUAUUCACCUCGUCCCCCACACAAACCACCCGUACAUCAAGUGCCACCUCCCCCAACACCAUCAUAUAUCUUCCCUCCCCCAACACCGUAUGCAUAAAAUAAGCUCCCCGUAUUUAUAAGGAAACAAUACAUUGUAGUUGAAUUGUGGUUACAACAACUAAAGGGAGCUAAUAAUAUAUAAUAUAUUUGAAUAAACUUCUCU